UCCUCGCCGGGUAUAAAUUCGAGAUCAAGUCUGAUCCUGUCAUCACACUUAAAUUUGAUCUCCCUUCCUUCACCAUGAAUCCAGUAGCCUGCAUCGUUUUCCUCGCCUUCGUCGCCGUAGCCACGGCGGCUCCACAACCUCUCCAAGGACAGCCAGAAGAUCCCAAUCCAAUUGACACAGUGACGACAUGUGGCGGUUUUGUCGAGACAUCCUCCGCCUCAAUCGAAUUCCAAGUUGGCGGAUCCAUCCGUGCUGAUAUGCGGUGCGUCUGGAUUAUUAGGGGGCCAUACGUCUCCCAGCGGUUCAACCUGGUUCAAUCCGGCCUUAAGGAAACUGAUGGACUCUUCCUCUCCGGUCACUCCAGAAGUGGGAUAACGGCCCAGCAAAAAUUGGCUACGGUUGGUCAAAACAUCACGAUAAACUCGAGAACGGCGAUUCUGACCCUCAGCGUUGGACACGCCCCAACUCUAGGAUUCAAACUGGAAUUUUUCUCGAGUGGCUCUUCUGAAAAUUCUGUCUUGAGCGGUCACGCACUCUUGACCACGGCCAAGGGAAAUUACACUUAUCCCGUUAACGGCGGUCAGUAUGGAAAUAAUGAAAAUGCCCUGUUCGCCAUCGCACCCACCGUUCCGGGACAGCCGACCCUUCGCUUCACAAGGGUCAAUCUCGAAAAUGACUCUGGCUGCACGUACGACUCGAUUCGAGUCUACAAUUGGUUUGACAACGACUAUCUCCAGGUUGUAAGAUUUUGUGGCACCACAAUUCCAACCAGUGUAACCUUCCAGGAUGGAGCUGGUCUAGUCGCAUUUGUAACGGAUUCAAGCGUCACAUCAACUGGAUUCGAGUUCCAAUAUGAAUAAGAAACAGGAUGCGGAAAUAAACGCAUUAAUAUUUAAAUACGCGAUAUUUAUACAUGACAAAAACUGUAUUUUAAUUUAAUAAAAAUGAAACAUGUCUCUAAACCAUCA